AUGAAUCCUUUAUAUAAGCAAAUUUCCAAACUGGGUAGUCUGUAUACAUUCCUGGUGCAAAAAUCGAAAUUUGUAGUAACAAAUGACAACCUUACAAAUAAACUUUGUAAGAUUGUUAGAAGAGAAAUAUUUGAUUACCUAAUGUCGCUAAGUAAUAUGGAAGGCUUGAAUUUGCGACAGGUUCUUCACAGACUACAAAAUUACUAUUCCAAAUUACGAUCCCUAGCUAUAGCACUAGAGGAAGUUCAGUGUCUAACUGAUGAUUGUGUAUUGACUGUAUUGAAGAGGCUUUCUAUCAACGGCGGUGAUGAUAAAAUUUUUGAUGAUUUAUACGAUCAGAUUAUGUCUGUUUGGGUGGAUAUGGCGUGCCAAUUUGUAUCUAAUGGUAUCAUUUUAAAGAAAUUUUACAUAACCAAAACUGCAGAUUUUGGUUGGGAUGUUUUUGCGGUUGACAUUUCAAAAUCGCCAGUGUCAAAGGAAAUGUCUGAAAAGAUAUUAUAUGCCGGAAAAGCUAUCUAUCAUCUAAAAUUAUUUAAUUUGGAAUCUCCUAAAAUUAUAAUAAAUGAGUCAUUUGAAGCUACAUUGGAUCACUAUUACAUUGAAAAUAAUCUAGAGCUAGUCAAGUGUCUCGUGUCCAAUUUACGAGAAUUUGUAAAUGUAUCAAAUGAUUAUUUAUUUUUUAGAAAUUGUUCAUUCAGAGAAAUGUUACUGAAUGUAACAUUUGAGAAUCAAAUACUUACUUUUCCCCAAAUCUAUGGUUUGAUACCUGAGGGUUCAAGCAAAUACUUGUUGAUAGAACCAGGGUUGACUAAUGAUAUCAGGGGUUAUAUAAAUAAUUUUGAUUCGCAGUUUUUGGAUAUUAAAUUGAAUAAGUUAUUGAGUUUGGUAAUCAAUGAUGAAUUCCUUAUGUUGUGGAAAGAAUUAUCUCAUAGAAUAUGGAUCUUGGCGAGAAUUGAUAGGAAAUUGAAAAUGUGUUGGAAUACAACAGAUCAGCACGUUACCAGAUAUGAAAUGAGUCACGCAAUCAGGUGGCUCAGACUAUACUAUCACCAAGUAACGAUUGAAGCAAACGAAAUAAUAAUAGCACAUGCAGCAAGCGUGGAUGGGUUGAUUGGUAACGUUGGUAAGGGUGUUGAAUUUAUGAAACAAUCUAUUAUUUGUGAGUGCGAGCUAGUUGAAUUAAUCAAUUUGUGGUUAAAUAACUAUAAUCUGGAUAAGUGUCACCUUAGGAUGUCAAAAUACAUCUCAGCUAUGAUGGAUACAGGAAUUCUUAAAAAUCUAAACUUUAAUUCUUAUUACUACUAUCCAUUGCUAGCUAUAAUUAAUUAUCUGCGUUUAGAUGUUAUAUUCCAUAAUAUAUGCGUGUCAGUUGCCAGUUAG